AGAGACACGGGGCGCGCUGCUGUUGACGUCAUAAAGAUGCGACAAGCUUAGUGGAGAGAUCGUGUGAACUCAGCAGGCUGAACGCAGCAGGCUGACUGCAGGCUGACUUGUUGCGUGAGGCGAUACGUUUCCCCCAGGGCACUGAGGAGCUGGGGCUGCAUUAAAUGGUGGAGCUGAGCAGCCGGGCCAACAACUCUGGAUAAAUCACACAUCACUUUCUUCAUCGUAUCUGUGAAGUACAAAUACAAGAUAAAGCGGAGCUGAGUCUGCAGCAGAAUGAAUAUUGGUUCUAAAAGUAAGAAGCGGGUGGUUCUGCCCAGUCGUCCUGAGCCCCCCACUGUGGACCAGAUCCUGGAGGACAUCGACAGAGCCACUCCCAAUGACCAGGUCUUCAGCAUCCUGGAGAAGACUGGACAAGACUCGUCUCGGCCCUCAGACAGCGAUGUGGACCUGAGGUUCCAGCAGUGUCGUCAGUAUCUGGAGCUGAACGAGCGGCUGCAGGAGGCUCGAGGUCGACUGCUGCAACAGAGGGAGGAGCUGCGAGCGGCGGGCGAGCAGCUGCAGAGCGACGUGGCAGACGUCAAAGGUCAAACACUCUGACUCUACACUACCUUCUGUUAGAGACUCUCCUCUUCUUCUCUGUCCAGGACUUUAUAACUGAACGUUGUCAGGAGGCGGUUCAGCUGAAUCAGGUCAAACCUGCCCGAGUGCCCUUGAGCCACACACUGGUGGUGCCUCAGGA